AUGAUGGCUGAAAGCAUAUUUUUCAGUUGUCUACUAUCGGGACGUUGGGAAAACACUCUGUUAGACGGCUCCUACUUUAUCGACGCAGACCCGAACCUCUUUGAGCAUAUCCUUCGUUACCUUCGCCGCGGGAUUGCUCCGGUUUUCUAUGAUUCGGAAAAGGGACACGAUUACGCGUUAUAUUCUGCUCUUCUCGAAGAGGCAAGAUACUUCCAAAUAGACCGACUCGAAGACUGGCUGGAGAGCAAGCGAUACCUUAGCGCUGUCACCGCACGGUACUCAGCAACAGAGCUUGAGGGUGUGUGGAACCUUUCCACUGAUACAGACGUCGACGUACAAUACUAUCCUACUUGGGGAAUAAAAAAAACUUACAUCUGUCCUCGGGGGAUCUGCGUGCAUAGAGGGAAGCCGGAAUCUUGUGGAAGAGGCUGUAGGAGAGUACAAGGUGGUGAAGAGGACAAGUAUGAUGAGGAGCCAAUUGUUAGGACACUGGUUAUUAGGAGGUGGUUAACUUUUAAUAGAGAGGCUUGCUUAGUAUAGUACGAAAUCUAUUUACAUCGUUCUCUUAAUUUCUUUUAACUAUUUAUUCUACGGGAAAGGUUUGGAGCUACCAAACAGUGCAAGGAUAAAUCUAGGGC